AUGUAUUUUUCCCAAAAAUAAAUGGCCUCCGUCUCACGUACCAUACCCGCCCUAGUUCCACCAUGUAUUGUACUCGUUACUUAUAAUAAAACAAAAUUGAGGAAGAGAAUUGGGUAGGGGUUGUUGACCGCGCGAAAAAGUAGGGCGCUGUGAGAGAAGUUGCAAACGGAAAACUCAAAGGAACACGAUAUAGAGUAAGAACAUACCGACCAUUUUCCUAAAAGAAAACAAGGUAAAAAAAUUGCGAGUAGGAGCAGAGGAUUACAUCAUCAAUCGGGAACCCAGAAAACUUUAGCUAAAAUCAGCAGUCAACAGUCAGCUCCAUCUUCCAUCCUCUCUUGCUCUAAUAUGUUAGAUCUCUUACUACUUGAAUAAGAAGAUGUCUUGGAAGAGCAGCAGUGGGGAUCAGAAUGGUGGGCGAUUGCUGCGUGACAUUGAAGAAAUUAGUAAAGCUCUUUAUGUACAUAAAACCCCUCAGAAGGCUUCAACUUUUCAAGCAGAUCAUGGGCAUGAUUCUGUUGGUGAUACCCAUGUCUCUAAAUCCAGUUCAAAUGUUGUAGCUGAUGACAUGCUGCGAAAACAGAAGAAAUCCUCAAUAUGGAGUUGGAAGCCAUUAAAGCUUCUAACUCAUAUCCGCCAUAGACGGUUCAAUUGUUGUUUCUUUCUUCAUGUUCAUGCCAUUGAGGGCUUGCCUGUCAAUUUCAAGGACCUUGCUUUGUGUGUAAAUUGGAAACAUAAGGGUGAAGUGAUGAGAACUCGCCCUGCUCAGGUUUGUCAGGGAACAGCUGAGUUUGGAGAGACUUUGAUGCAUACCUGUUCUGUAUAUGGAAGUAGGACUGGACACCAGCAUUCAGCAAAGUAUGAGGCCAAACAUUUCCUGCUUUAUGUUUCUGCAACUGGGGCUCCAUCCCUAGAUAUUGGCAAACAUUGGGUUGAUCUUAUGAGGUUGCUUCCACUUACCAUGGACGAGUUAGAAGGGGGAAGAAGGAAUUCAGGGAAAUGGACCACGAGCUUCAAGCUUUCAGGAAAGGCUAAAGGUGCAAUGCUGAAUGUUAUUUUCGGUUUCUCUGUAUCAGGGAGUAACUCAAUUGAACCUAGCCCUUUCGUGCAGGGCAUCAAACCUGCUGCAAUAGAUCAUUUCUCAGAAUAUGAUGGGGUUAGUGCUAAUAGAAGUUUUCCGAGGGUUGGAAGUGUUUCCCGCAAGCCUGUUGGUCUGACUCAUUCUUCAUCUAGGUCCCUAGAUGCAAGAAGUUUUGAGGAGGUUUUAUCAGACCAAAAACCAGAACUUUCUCGCUCUAUUACCUCUCUGUAUAAAAAACUUGAGGAGGGAAAGUUGAAUAAAUUGGAUGACUUAGAUUUCUUUUUUGAAUAUUUAGAGCCCUUAAAAUCAUAUUCUGGUGCUUUGUCUCAGUUUUCUGUUGAAAAUACCAUGGAUGAUCAACAUAUUGAGUUUUCUAUCACUGAGCUGGGCAUAGAAUCUAAUAGGAAAGAGCUGUUGAAACCAGAAGUAUGUUCUUAUGAAAGAUGUGAUGAUACUCAAACAGAAACUACCGAUGUUGCUUACAUUUUGGAGGAAAGAAGUAGUGAGAAAAGUGAAUACAAGCAAAAAUGUGAAAGAAAUGACGUCUAUGAAGGAGAAUAUACAAUGAAGAGCAGCAAUUAUGAGGAAACUGAUGUGUGCAAGGAUGAAAUGUUUGAAGAGCUUGAGUCAAUUUUCCUUGACCUGUUGACUGCUGAGUCUGCAGAGUUGAAUUCACCAGCAGAAAUGUAUGAUUCCAUUGACCAAGAAACCUGCAUGAAUCUGAAGUCCAGCUACAAAUCCAGUAGGCGGGUGAAAUCACUUAGCCUAGAUGAUGUGACAGAGUCUGUGGCAAAUGAUUUUCUGGAUAUGUUAAACAUUGAGCAGAAGUCAGCUGACUUGAGUUCUAAUAGUUGUCUGGAUUCGCCAAGAGAGUGCCUUUUGAGACAAUUUGAGAAGGAAACCCUUUCUUCUGGAAACUCAAUUUUUGAUUUUGAUGCAACAGAUGAUCAAAUGAAGUUCAGUGGCAUUGCUUCAAGUGUUCAUGGAAGAGUUGCAUGCUCUGAUGACUUUGAUUUGUCAUCGGUUAUUAUGGAUUUUGAGAAGGACCAUAAGAGGGGUACCCAGUCAUUGAGGAGUAAAAGGAAUGCGAAAAUGAUAGUGACGUUGGAAACUGAGGCUUUAAUGCAAGAUUGGGGUUUGAAUGAUAAAGCAUUCCAGAAUUCAUCAGGCAUCAGCUCUGGAGGGUUUGGAAGUCCAAUCUAUCUUUCCCCUAAAAGACCAUUAGAAUUACCUCCUCUUGGAGAGGGCUUAGGUUCUAAAAUGUGCACGCAUAAUGGGGGCUUCCUAUGUUCAAUGCGUCCUCAACUUUUUAGGAAUGCAAGGAAUGGUGCAAGGUUGAUCAUGCAGUUUUCUUGUCCAGUUGUGCUCCCUGCUUCAAUGGGUUGUAAUGUUAUGGAAAUACUCAGCUGCUGGGCAUCUGGUGGAAUUUCCAAAAUGUCUGCUCAGGCAGAUAAGCUGAUGCCUUUAGAAGAUAUCACUGGGAGGAAUAUACAAGAAAUGGCCCCGGAAACCAGAUCCCGACUUAAAUUAGAUGGGAGGUUCUCUUUUUGGUAUGGGUUAUUUGAUAUGAAGGACAGUGAAGAUCUGCUGUUUCAUCAGAGUUCUGGUCAUCUCAAUUCCACCACAAUAAUUGAUGAUGUAGCUUUAGAUUUUGUGUUUAUGGAGGAUCUAGCUCUUGUGGCAAUGGAUGAGAUAGAACCUCUUACACUGGAAGGGCUGAGAAUCCAGUCAAAUUUGUCAGAUAAUGAAGCACCUUCAAUCAUUAGACCUCAAUUUAGUAAUGUUUUUGGUUCUAAUACAGCUAGCACAUUCAAGUACUGGUGUGGCAAAGAAAGUGAUGAUGAUGAUGGUGAUUUAGUUGAGCUGUCUGUUUCACCAGAUGAAUGGUUGAGGCUGGAUGCUGGAGAUUUCAGUAACAUUCCUGAGACCAAGGAAAGAAUUACCAAAAUCUUAGCAGUCCAUCAUGCUAAAACCCUUGAUUUAGAUAGUUCAGGACUAGAAACAGGUCAAGAAAGGUCGGAAUUGUUGUGUAGAGAAUCUAGUCAACUUUGUAACAACUUGACUUUAAGCCUGAGGGUUCAACUCAGAGAUCCUCUGCGUGACUAUGAGAUGGUCGGGAUCUCUAUGCUCAUUCUGAUUCAAUUAGAGAGGUCUUAUGCUCCUGUUGAACGAUCUACAUGCAGCAGAGCAUCAGAAAGAAACUCAAGCAGUGAAAAUGAUCCGAAGGAGCAAUUCAUUGAAGAAGAAAUUAUUGCUGGAGAAAGUGAGGGGGAAAUCCAUAGGCAGGCUGUUUCCCAAUUUAGGAUCACCGGAAUUCAUGUUGCAGGUUUUAAUAUUGGGCCUAAUGAUGACCAAAUUGGGGGCACGAAAAGACGGCAACAAGCUGGGUCGCGGUGGUUGCUAUCAAGUGGCAUGGAGAGAAGAAGCAAAAAUCUAUUCUCCAAGUCAAACGCCAUCGUAAGAUCAUCCUCGCAGAUAAAGAGAAAUAUGCAGCCUCGAAAUGUUUUGUGGAGCAUCUCAUCAGAUUUUCAUACCGGAGAUUCCAAGUGCAAAGAGUUGGCAGCAUCAGAUGUUCAUAUACGAAAUUCUGAUAUUAUUUUUCCAACUGAAAGUUGUCCAAAUCCCAGUCAGUUGGGAAUCAAGUUAUAAACCCUUUUUCUAGGCAUCUAUAUUUUUCCAUUUUGUAUAUGAAAAGAAAUUAAUCGCUCAAUCAUGUUUGUGUAAAGUAGCUGAAGAAAGUUUCACUGCAUAGCAUAAUCUCCAUUGUUAGCAUUUCGUGAUGUUUGGGGCUCUCAACAAUAAGUUUUUGGGGCUCUCGUGUUGUUCUUCCUAUAUAUGUUGUAGACUUUCUCGAAAUGCUGGUGAUUUCUAGAUUCUUUAUCUCAUAAAUUAAAAUAUAGCCUUAAGAAUA